AUGCUGAUGGCAUUCUACGCUGCAUCGGGAUUGAUAAGUCAAGAGAGUGUAAUGCCUAGAAAUCUCUGCUCAGAUUCUCCUGAAAUGGCAUCCGAAAUUUCUCCAAAGCACACAUUUGGAAGCAUGGAGAGGGGCGGCGGUGUGGAGGAUCGUGGCAGCCAAGCUAAGUGCAGAAAUCUUGCCUUGGAUGAUGAGAGUCUGAAAUACCUAACUCAUGAAGAGCAGGAUGUUCUCAUGUUCUUUGAGGAGACCAUAGAUGCCUUAGAAGAUGACUUGGAGGAGCCGGUUCUACGUGACAGUGGCAUCCACUGUCAGUCUCCAAGGUCAACAGAAGAAAAUGUGUCCAGUCAUUCAGAGACUGAAGAUAUAAUCGACUUAGUACAGUCAACACCUGAGGGUAGUGACCAUGAAGGCCCUCCUAGCAGAGAUGCAGAACCAGUGUUGGAUGCUACCUGGAGAACUGAGAGCCCUAAGCCAGCUGCACCUGCUGAUCUUCCCCCACAUCCCCCUGUACCACCACCACCACCAGUGUCGGAGAUGCUUCCUCUUCCUCCUCCACCCCCUCCUCCAGUGCAGCAUCCAAAAUUGCUUCGUUCCAUCCCCACUCCGCUCAUCAUGGCCCAGAAGAUGUCUGAGCAGCAGAUGGAGAGCAGGGUGCGCUUCCCCAGUGCCCUCAAGGAAGGGAAUUCAGACAGGAAGAAAACCCCAGUAGCCAAUGGUGAUUGUUUCGCAGCUCCGAAGCACCCUCCUGCACCUGCACCCAAACUGCACCGGUUCCCGAGCAACAUCAACAUAACAAAUGUCAGUGGCAAAGAGUUCAACGAGACUAUCUCAAAAGCUGCAGUUAAUGUCCAGGAACGGAGAGCUCAGGUGCUGGCCAACAUCAAUGGAGGAGCUUUUCUGGCUGCUGAACUGGAGGAGAAGCUGCGGAAAAAUGAUUUCUUGUCACGUAACAGAAGUUCAUCCUUAAGGGAUCUCUCCUCUGAGCAAACACGAUAUGAGGCCCUGACAAAACUUGGCCUAGUUAAGGGAAAGCCAGCUGAGGACCAAGUGGACCGUGCCCCAAGCGCUCAGCAGCUUGAUGCGCAGCCCAAACAGGCAGAUGCUGUUCCCAAUGGAUAUCAAAACAUCCAUGAGACUCUAAAAAGCGAGCCCAGCCCUUUCCUUCCUACGGGCAAAACUGUAACAAUCAAACCAGAGGUAGCUCUUGCUGCUAACAAGGUCAGCAGUGCACAGCAGAACCCAGCACAGCAGAGCACAGCAAGAAGUUUUAAUGAUUAUAAACAACCUAAUCUAAACCUGGAUAUGAGGAGGAGAUCAGGUUCACUGCCUAGACCUUCAGGAUUUCGAUCCCAAGGGAUAACAGUGAAGUUUUCUGGCCGUGGCUCAACAGAAGAAGCUAGGAGAGAGGCACUUCGGAAACUGGGACUACUGAAAGAGACUGCGUAA